AUGCUGAAAGUGAUUAAUGAGUUACAUUUAGGAAUUGUCAAAUGCAAACAGAGGGCAAGAGAGGUCAUGUAUUGGCCCGCCAUGAAUACAGCCAUUGAAGAGGAAGUCAGAAACUGUUCAAAAUGUGCCACGUACCAAAACAAACAGAGUCGUGAACCACUUAAGCCAACAAAUACACCUGAGAUUCCUUAUGGGGAAGUUGGAUGUGAUUUGUUUGACUUUGAACAGAAGAAGUACCUUAUGAUAGUGGACUAUCAUUCCAGAUACUUCGACGCGAUUGAAUUGAAAUCCACAACAACAUCAGCAGUCGUCAAUGCUAUGAAAGUCACAUUUAGUUGUCACGGGAUUCCAAUGAAAUUGCGGUCAGACAAUGGGCCUCCAUUUAAUUCACGAGAAUUCCAUUUGUUUUGCAACCAAUACGGAAUACAACACACCACAUCAAGUCCGCAUUUCCAAAGUUCUAAUGGAGAAGCAGAAAGAGCAAUACAGACAGUCAAGAAACUGUGGAGAAAGUCAGAUGAUAAAUAUCUCAGCUUGUUAAACUACCGCACAACACCUCUGGAGUCAGUCAACCUAUCACCAGCACAACUCUUAAUGGGCCGUAGACCACGGAACAACUUACCAACCCGAACAGAGCUACUCAAGUCCAGAAACGCAGGACCAAAUCUAAGUCAACAAAUGAAAGAUAUCAAGGAGAAACAGAAGUUCUAUUAUGAUAGGAGACAUGUAAAAGAGCUACCACGCUUAGAUAUUGGUGAUCAAGUAAGAGUUGCACCCCCAGAAACUUCGAACACCAAGGAAUGGAAACCAGCAACAGUAGUUGAACAACACAAACAGCCGAGAUCCUAUGUCGUCGAGUUUAACAACAAUCAGAGGCUCCGACGCAACAGGAAACAUCUCAGACGAACAAAUCCGAAUGCUAACCGUGCGCCAGAAAUGGAACCAGAACCAGAUUCAGCAAGCGAUUCCGAGAUUGAUACGCACGAACCUCCAAACACAGUGAACAAACAUUUUUCUAAAGGUGUCGUACUCGCGGACUCACCUAAACCCGUUGUUACUUCAUCUGGUCGUGUUGUGAGGAAACCGAACCGACUAGACCUCUGA